GAGGGCUCUUCCUUUUUUCGGGACUGCCUCAUAGAAUGGAGGAAGGAGUUAUGGUCUACCCUUGAACAGCAUGAGCAAGUCCGUUUUCUUGAAGCUUUCCAACUGCUGGAUUCAAGAAAGGGAAAAAGCGUGUUUUUGUCUCUUACAUCUGGUGUAAGUUAUCAAAAGGAUCCUGGCCAAUCCAAUGAUAUCCGACAUGCAAUUGUUUCUUAUUUGCUCAAAAGAAUGGGAAAAAUUGCCCUUCAGAUGGAGGCUGUUCAGAUGAAAAUUAUAUUCAAUUGUUUUUCAAAAAUAUCAUCACAAAUCAGUCGGGACGAUUGCCUACAUUAUGUACCCGAAAUCCUACUGCCCCUAUAUAAAGUUUGUGAAGGAUUUUCUGGGAAAGUGAUCCCUGAUGACAUAAAGCAAUUGGCAGAAGAAGUUCGUGAAACAAUAAAGAAUACUAUAGGCAUCCAAAACUUCGUACAAGUGUACAGCGAGAUCAGGAAGAAUCUCAAGGUGAAACGGGACAAGAGAAAACAGGAAGAAAAGGUAAUGGCUGUUGUCAAUACAAUGCGCAAUGCCAAGAGGAAGUUAAGGAUUGCUGCUAAGCAUCGUGCCAACAAGAAAAGGAAGAUAAUGACAAUGAAAAUGGGGAGAUGGGUUCACCAGAAACAAAGGACGAUGUAAUAUAUAAUAUUAUAAUAGUAUCACAUAUGCUUCACAAGAAAAAUGUAUGUAUAUAUCCUGCAUCAAUUGAAAUUACUUUUUCAAGCAA